AAUGAAUGAUUCCUCACCAGAAUGGAAAGAAUCUUGCACAAAACUACUGGAAGAUAUGCUUAAAUUAGAAGAUGCCGCUUGCUUUAGAGGCAGAUACAAAGCUAAAACGGCAGCUCAAGCGAAAUUUUAUGACUAUUUAUCUCAACAAGGGAUGCAAUGUGAACCAUCUCUAUUUAAAAUAAAGAGGAAAAUAGCUUGUGGAGAGUAUGUACACUCACUUCAAGUCGGUCAAGAUGUUCGAGUUUUCUUAAAUCAUGCUAUUUCAUUCUUUUCGUCAUCAGAUCAAGAUGGAAUAGCCGCAAGUAGAACCUUACAUUUCUUUGAAAAAGAGUUCCAAAAGAUCUUAACUAACCAAUCACGAGAUGAAAAUCCGAGAAAAAGGAUGAGGACAAACUCAAAUUCUUCUAUGCAAGUUAUUGAUCAACCACAUUCAUCUCCCUCACAUCAAAUUGUUGACAGUCAGCCAUUUUCAUCUGUCGAAAUGCGAACACCUCCAACAAGUCAAGAAGAAUCUAAUAUUAGCAGAAAUUGUAAUGGAAAACGGGAUCAAGCCAUUCAAGCAUCUCAGAGUGUCAACUCUUGUCGUCUUCAUAUAAAAGAAAUGUGGCUGGGAAAUCAAAUACUAUCAAGUUCAGUGAAAAUAUUCGAUAAACAGGUUUCAUUUAGAGUGAAAAAACAAACGAGACCAAAUAUUUACCAAUAUGACUUGGAUGCAGAGGAUAUUGUGAAAAUUGUUUUCCACUCUUGUUCCAAUAGCACUGGUGUUCUCCUGUUCUACGUUAUGCCUAGUGCCAUAAGGGAGAUGAAAGCUUCUCUCAGUGAUAAUCAUAUAAACUCUAGUGUUAUAACAUUAGUUCUACACAGACUCGACGUUCAAAGUAAAAUUCUUUUACAAGGAUAUACCCAUCAACUAUGCCAACGAUCACCUUUUGCGUCUAUGUUCGAAGAGGUUGACAAGAAUACUAUUCAAAAUCUCUUGAAAAAGUCUCUACAUCCGUCUCACAUUGAACGUUUCAAUAAAUACUUCCCCACCUUCUCUUUAACACCUACAGCAUUAUCAACAAUAACAGGAGCAACGAUAACCAUAAGUCCAGUCAUAACAACAGUAUCAACGGCAUCAACAAGAGCACCAACAUCAACAACCUCAUAUACACCUGAAAAAAAUCAGUACAGGCAAUCAAGUUCUAACGCUGCAGAAAUAAUCGACGAAAUCUUGAAUUUAUCACCCUCUUAUGGAUCUCCAGUAUCAACUCCAAUUAUCAACAUAAUGCCAUCUGUUUCAACAAAUAGUAAUCCCACUUCGAGCGGUUUUGCUCGUGUUACUAAUCAACCAGUACAAUCAACAACUUUUCAACAUUUUCCUAAUCAGUCGCAAGUUCACAAUGACUUUAUUACCCAAAUUCUCAACGAAAGUUCAGCUAAUACUAGUAUUGAAUCAAAAGACUGUGACGAAGAUGAAGAUGUGAUUGUAGCAUCGGAAAAAGUCAGCGUAAAAUGUCCCAUCACGCAAGUUGUAAUGAAAGAAGCUAUGUUGAACAAAAAAUGUAAACAUUCGUACGAUUUAAAUGGAAUAACAAGUUACUUGAAUACUCGGAAAGGUAAGGCAACACAAUGUCCGGUUUCGGGUUGUACAAAUAAAUGCGUUGAAAUGAAUGAUUUACUACCGAACGUCAAACUGCAAAACUUGAUAAACAGGAAACGCACAGAACUUGAUAGAAGUGUUGUAAAAUUAUAA